AAAAGGGAGCGGCCCAGCAGCAGCAGUCGUCUGACUCGUCAGAGUCAUCUCCCCUCCCGACUCAUAGAUACGUUGUUGCCACGCAAAUCCUUGGCCAUCAAUUUACAAUUUAAAGCUAUCCACUCUGCUGCAGCAUCAUGAGAGUGGGUGUCAUAUACGUUCCCCGCCGACCAAAGAAGGUGAUAGGAGCUUUGCAGUUACACUCCUCAACCAGACAAAGAUCUAAGCACGAGGUCAACGGUGCUCAAAAUACAUCAAUCUCUGGAAGGUUAAUGGCCACUGAAGACCGGGCAUGUGUUUCGGAGGAAGGUAGCAACACCCACACCAGAGAGCCCGCUGCUAAAGUGCGUCGAACGGUGCAGAAAGGUGACGCUGCGUCGGGCUCUCCUGACGGAAGACCUGGGCCUUUCCCCGUUAGUGCCACUAGAACAAUCCUGCAAGGUGUACUAAGCUUCUUCAAGAGGAGUGAACCCUCGCCAUCAGCCCCCAUAGCUUCCCUGUCCCGCCUAUCUUUCCCUCUGUCCCUCCGUAGCUUCUUUCUUGGGAGCCUUUCUGAAGGCCAAGAGAAGGAGCAGCAACAGAGGGAACUUGAGCAACAAAAACAGCAGUUACUUAUUACAGGAGACACCUCUGAGAACAAAGAAAACAUUCCUCCAACGACUCGCGAACAAACGUCGACAGCGGCUACACUACGAUCCUUUCGUCAUAAAAGUUCUUUGAAGCGUCCGCGGCAGAAGACGGAUAAGCCUGGCACCAGUCGAUCAGCCCACCGGGAACCUACCCGCUCUCCUACCACAGCUUCGAACGUCACUUCGCCGGUAAAUAGAAACAUAGAGAAGAUGAAAAAGAUUCGUCCUCUUUCCCUCCGACGAAGUACAACUGGAGAUGACCAUGGCUUCAUACAAGUCUCCUACGAGCAGUUCCGUUGGUUCACACAGUUAGCAGAGAACCCGAAGAUACAAGAUUUCCUGAAAAGGGACAUCUGUUACCGCUACGCCGACAAGUACCUUCUGGCCAUGGUGUUUACAUACUUCGCCCGUGCCCGCCUCGAGAAGGACCAGUACAAUGAGAAUAAUUUCUUCGCCGCCUUGUACUUGGCCCACGACAUGGAGGAAGACGAGGAGGAGCUGAAGUACGAGGUAUUCCCAUGGGCGUUAGGUGCUCGCUGGCGGAAAUCUUAUCAUUCUUUGCUCAAAGUGCGUGAUGACAUCUUCUGGGCUAUCCACUGCCGCGCUGUUGUUUCCAAGCGAGGGUGUGAUCAGGUGAUGGAUAUGCAGCCGGACUGUUGGCUGUGGCAGCGAGAGAGACCCACCUACCACGGGGGUGCCACACGGGACUAUCUCAGGGACCCUUCUGAUGAUGGUCGUCCCCGAGGACCUGGGAGGUCUCCACUGCAGUGUCAACUUUGCCUAGAGCGUGAAUGCGCAAACUCAGACAACUCGUAUUUCCUCUACCUUUCAGACUCUUCUUCCAGCAUGGGCACUCUCUGUUUCGAAGCUUCCAUCAUAGAGCACAAAGAAGGAGACUCUGGCUUUGAAACCUUCCUCUGCGAGCCGUGUGGCACUGGUCUCGUCACCCUCGACUCUGCACUCAAGAGACCCUCCCCUGAACUUGAAGUUGUAUUGGAAUGAAAAUCAAAGGAAGUUGUUUCCAUACCUAGUUAGUCUGAGCAUGCUCAAGAGCUGCAGUGCAAGUAAGAAGAAUCUGCACUAGAAGUGUCAAGAAGCCAGAGUUGAAAUAUUUCAGCAUUUUAAUUGGACUGAUCAAGUAUAAUUUUAUUUGAAAGUACAUUUACUUUGGAAAUAUACUAAGAGAAGACGUAAAUAGUUCUCCAAACAUUCAGUUUAGAUUAGUGUGCUAGUGGUGUUAAUAAGAUUAAUUAGCAGAAGCUUUUUGAGUUAUAAAGAUACAUUACAUAUUGAUUCGAAAUUUCACAUAUAACAUUAUUUUAUAAGCAAUCAUAUUGACUUGAAAUUUGGAAUCGCCAAUUAUUACCAAUAACUUCCUACCAAGAAAAACAAAAUCCAUUUAGUUUUGUGUCCUCUUUCAUUACUACGUAAAUCUUUCCCAAAGUUUGUUAUUAGAAAAUUAACACUGCGUGUAUGUCUUUAAUCUAUCUCUGGGUCACAUAAAGCACACUGAUUUAGUUACAGGAAAAUAUUACCUAUUAUGGAUAUUGAAUUAUAUUUUUUCCUU